AUGUCUGCUCCCUCUGACUCCGCACGCCCCUGGGCGCUCAUUACGGGCGCCUCCGAGGGCCUUGGCAAGGAAUUCGCCGUUCAAAUGGCGCAACGCAAGACGCACAACCUCAUCCUCGCUGCCCGUAGCGUGGACAAGCUCAACUCGGUGGCCAAGUCUGUGUCCGAUCUGGUCGAGUGCAAAGUGAUCAAGUCUGACCUCUCGGUCGCGGGAGCCGCUGAGAAGCUAGACCAGGACACACGCGAUCUCGACGUCGCCCUGCUCAUCAACAAUGCCGGCGUUGCCUUUGGCGGCCCCUUCGAAGACAUGGAAUACAAAGACGUUCAGUCUCUCGUCGCGAUCAAUGUGGUCGCCCUCACAGAGCUCUUCCACCUCUUCCUGCAACGCAUCCGAAAGCAACACACCAAGCUCAAGGAGGCGCAAAAGACGUCUAGCUACGCACUUUCGGGCAUCGUCAAUAUUGGGUCUAUGUCAAGCUUCAUGCCCAUCCCCUCGAUGGCUUUGUACGCCGCAUCCAAGGCGUUUGUGCUUUCGCUCACCGAGAGUGCCUACGCUGAACAGCGCAACGAAGGAUCAGACCUUCGUAUUGUGGUCAGCUGCCCUGGCGUGACCAAGACCGAGAUCUGGACCAAAGGAGGUGCCAACGACAAGGGCCUCCUUCUGCCGCUCGACACCCCGCAGCACGUAUGUGCCGCCACUCUGUCUGCCCUCGAUGCGCGUAACAAGCCCGUGAUCAUCCCCGGCUACUUCAACAACAUCUCGAUCGCCAGCUUGCGCAUUGCGCCACGCAGCCUGGUCCGUUAUAUCAGUCGCCGCAUGAUGGGCCAGGAUUUGUCUCUCCGUGAUGCGGACGAGGUCAAGGAGACAUUCGCCAAACUCGGCCGCUCUGUCCCUACUCGUUCUUGA